AAUUCAUUAUUUUUAUCACGUGUUCAAAAAAAAAAAAACUAUACAACAAUAAGCUAUACACCCCAUUACAUUAUCAAAUUUCAUACCUCACCUUCCUCCGACCCACUUUCCGGGGCCACGCUAGUUGCUGUCUAUAGAACAACUCUUUCGCUUUCUGCAUUGCUCUACAUUCAGCAACUUUUUGAACCUCCAGUUUUGCUAAAGCAGCACUAGGGCUCUCUAACAUUUCCACCUGCAA